UCAGAGGCCUCCAGGCCUGGAACCUUCCAGGGCUGGGCUCAGCUUCCCACCCCAUCCCCCAGACGACUUACAGUGACAAAGGGGCAAAGCCUGAGAGAGGCCGAUUCCUCCACUUCCACUCUGUGACCUUCUGGGUUGGCAACGCCAAGCAGGCUGCGUCAUUCUACUGCAGCAAGAUGGGCUUUGAACCUCUAGCCUACAGGGGCCUGGAGACCGGUUCCAGGGAGGUGGUCAGCCAUGUAAUCAAACAAGGGAAGAUUGUGUUUGUCCUCUCCUCAGCGCUCAACCCCUGGAACAAAGAGAUGGGCGAUCACCUGGUGAAACACGGUGAUGGAGUGAAGGACAUCGCGUUCGAGGUGGAAGAUUGUGACUACAUCGUGCAGAAAGCACGGGAACGGGGCGCCAAAAUCGUGAGGGAGCCCUGGGUAGAGCAAGACAAGUUUGGGAAGGUGAAGUUUGCUGUGCUGCAGACGUAUGGAGACACCACACACACCCUGGUGGAGAAGAUGAACUACAUCGGCCAAUUCUUGCCUGGAUAUGAGGCCCCAGCAUUCAUGGACCCCCUACUUCCUAAACUGCCCAAAUGCAGUCUGGAGAUUAUCGACCACAUUGUGGGAAACCAGCCUGAUCAGGAGAUGGUGUCUGCCUCUGAAUGGUACCUGAAAAACCUGCAGUUCCACCGCUUCUGGUCCGUGGAUGACACGCAGGUGCACACGGAAUAUAGCUCUCUGCGAUCCAUUGUGGUGGCCAACUAUGAAGAGUCCAUCAAGAUGCCCAUCAAUGAGCCAGCGCCUGGCAAGAAGAAGUCCCAGAUCCAGGAAUACGUGGACUAUAAUGGGGGCGCUGGGGUCCAGCACAUCGCUCUCAAGACCGAAGACAUCAUCACAGCGAUUCGCCACUUGAGAGAGAGAGGCUUGGAGUUCUUAUCUGUUCCCUCCACGUACUACAGACAACUGCGGGAGCAGCUAAAGACGGCCAAGAUCAAGGUGAAGGAGAACAUUGAUGUCCUGGAGGAGCUGAAAAUCCUGGUGGACUACGACGAGAAAGGCUACCUCCUGCAGAUCUUCACCAAACCGGUGCAGGACCGGCCCACGCUCUUCCUGGAAGUCAUCCAGCGCCACAACCACCAGGGUUUUGGAGCCGGCAACUUCAACUCACUGUUCAAGGCUUUCGAGGAGGAGCAGAACCUGCGGGGCAACCUCACCAACAUGGAGACCAGUGGGGUGGUGCCUGGCAUGUAAGCCCCGCGCACCGCCCACCCCCACGGAGGCCCCGCCCACCCACAGCCACGCCCCCCUGAUUCUGGAACUCGCCCAACUUCCCUACUGGCUGCUCCCCUUGGGUCCCGCCCACCAGCGGACUCUGCCCCAAGGCUCCGCCCACCCUGACCACGCCCCUCGGCGGGGCCGCCCUCUGCUCCAGCCCUCCAGAUUAAAGCGUGCCCUGGUCCAA